GGAAUAUUCCUAGGGCGAUUAUAACUUUAACAGUAUGUUUGUGAUUACUUACUAUAUAAAAAACGGGAGAUUUGUGAUUGUUUAUCAGAAGCUGAUAUUUCUCUUUCUAACUUAAGUGUUACAGUUACAGUUUUUUGCAAGAAUCUUCAUAUAAAUAUAUACAUUUCAGUGUAGAGAAUGGAUUUAAGUUUUUGUAAUUGAGAAGUUAAUGGCUCUAAGUGGAAAGAUAAUGUUUCUUGUGUUAAGUUAAUAGAUAUUACAAUACAAAGUGUAUAAAUUCAUACUUGAACGGAAUUCUUUGCUUGGUAUAUAAUGGGAACGUACAAACUAGGGAUAUCUAAGGUGUAUCCGUAUGGCAGCAACGUACAUGUGAUUGAGGGAAUGGGCUCACCUCCCAUCUCCCAUAUAUAUUUACUGCAAGUAUUAGAAAGAGAGCCUGACAGUAUUAAAUGGUCUACACCAAGAGAGGUUAUUAUUGGCAAGGGAGCUUCAGGAAAACUUGGACUCAAACUGAAUGCUUACAGGGGUGAAUCUGAUUGGUAUACCAUUGUGACAAAAGUUAAAGAAGAUUGUUGCAUCCACAGAGGAUCUUUGAACGUAUUUGAUCGUCUUAUAUCAGUUGAUAAAGAAAGUAUACUUCAUGUACCGAAAGAUAGUGUGCUUAAAAGACUGAAAAAUCUAGGAUCUAGAAUAGUUCUUACUGUCACAUGUCCAGUUAGUAUACCCAGUCGCUAUGUUGGUACCCAGCAUGUAAACAUAAGUGAACACAGGCAUUGUUCUGGUUCCUUGGAGAAAUUUAAAACACUGGUACCGAAUGCUGAAAAUUUCAAUUCGUGUGAUUCAAAUAGAUUAGGCAAAGACAAUCUUAAUGCUGGUGUAGCUCAAGAUAUUGACUUGAAUGAAUUUGGAAAAGAUUUAUGUGAAGGGGAGAGAAUAUUAGCAAGGAAUAAAAAAUGUGAUCAACAAAAGGAGACUACUUUUACUGAAAGUGAACAUAGUGAUAAUAGACUUAGUAAUGAAUCAGAAUCGAGCAUUUUAUGGUUCAGUGAUUCAGACUUGAGAGAUGGUUCGAGAAAUAUCAAACGUGGACACAGUCAAGUCUCUGGCAGCAGUAGCAACCAGUCUGUAAGCUCUGAUUUGCCUCUUCUCCAAAAGACUGAGAAAAUGAGGAGAGCAAAAGAAGGCAAGUCUGUACGUCCAUUGUUUAAAGGAGGUAGUACAGAAAGUCCUGACCGUGCAGAACUUGAGCCGCUGAACAUUCGAACAUCAGGCUCUCUGUCACCAGUGCCCCAUGGAAGAACAGAGAAGUUUAAUUUGUCACCUCAGUUGUGUAUAUCCAAGGAUUCUGCAGUUUCUAUACAAGAUAUCAUGGUAGAGGAGCAGAGUUCAUUGCCUGUACAGUCUGGACACUUGAGCAAUUGUCAAUGCCAGAAUUGUGCUGGUACCUCUGACUCUAAAGUAUGUUACAGUUGUGGAACAAGGCCGAGCUCAAGUCCCAAAAAGACGACAAAUCCUGGAGUGUCACUAUUUAUAGAUGCCAAGGAACCUCUUCCUGAAGAUUAUGGGAAUUUUCUUUUAAAGAACCCACAUCUUGCAGUAUGGGAUGGUAUGAAUACGCAUGUGGUAGAGAUAGAUAAAGGUCACACGAAGGAGUUUGGUUUUGCUUUCAAAGUGAAGAUAGGAAAGAACCAGGAUACAAGUGUAGAGGUGUACACAUUGGUGAAGAGUGUGGAUAACGGAGGUCCUGCAGUAGGCAAAUUACGGACUGGGGACUGGAUUAGAUCAGUGAAUGGUACUCCUAUUCAAAAUCAUCAAGAUGCAUUUAGCCUUAUAACAAAAGGUGGCAACAGCAGUACAAUGCGACUAGUGAUACAGAGACCAGUUGGUUUUUCUCAACAUCCAAAUAGUGUACGCACUGACAAGUCAGGUUCGUAUGUGCAAGUUACCAGAUCGCCAUCACCAUCACAAAAUACUCUGUCCCUCGGAAAGAAAGAACAGGACCCUUUAAUUCCAGGAAUUAUUGAACCGACGAAAGAACCACUGAAAACUGUUCGUCAACAAAACAUUUACUUUUCCGACAUGUCACGUAGCAAUAAUGAAACUGAAUCGGGUAUUGUCCCAUUUCCAAGAAAUGUGAAAUUUCCAAAAGUGCGGAUUUUUGUAUGCGGGAGUGAGGCAGAGAAGUAUGUUAAUUUAUUGCUACUGGAGUCGGAGAUAGAUACAGUUUUUCAAAAUUCUGAAUAUACUCACGUUGAGUUUUCCAUGGCAACAAAUUGUUUCGGAAAUGUAGUAAUAUCAAAGAUCUGCUCUGAUUUGUAUGGAGCUAGUAAUCAGUUGAAAACUCAUUUAUCCAAUGUGAAUCAGUCAACUGUUAGUGGUGGCGCAGAUGUGAAAUGUAAGCAGUGUGGUAAUGAUUUCAACAGUGAAGGUUCAUCUAGUGCUGUGGGUACACUAGUGAACGUGGAUCUGUUUGUUGUUCCAGACGACAAACUGUUUCACACUUGCUGUACAUACUUGUUUACAAAGUCCAGUUUGUUUAUUUUGACAUUUGAUGGGGACAAAAUUCUACGAGCAGCUCCGCAGGAAUUCUCUCGUCUGUCGAACUUAUCACACACAAUUCGUAGUUUUGCUGGAGAAGAGUGCCACAUCAUGUUGUAUGGCUUGUUAGAAAGUGGCGCUGAAGCAAAUAACAGACUUGAUGAAGUGAGUGCACUGUUCUAUAUGCCGUUUAAUACUCAGCUACAGAAUCUGAAUGUUUCCGGACCAGAACUUAUAAACAUGCAUGGUCAGGCCGCAAGACAUACCUGCACCCAUUUGAGCCACAACUUUCAGAAUUUACUAUGGAAGACAGUUACAGACACUAUACAGAGGCAGCAUGUUUUGCAGCCGUCUUUAUUAAUCGUGGACUGUUUACGUGCAAUUCGUGAUCAAGAUCUUAUUCAGACGGAGGAACAAUUUAUGAGUGUAAUCAAAUCGAGAUUACCGGACUAUAAGCUAGACAUUCAUCAGAUGAUUGUUACAUAUCUGAAUACAUUUGGAGAAAUUAUGCUUGGUAAAGCCACGCCGUAUUUCUCGCAAGGUAUAUAUUCUAUUGAAAAUAAAGUGAUGCUCAAUCCAAAAUUUCUACUUGGUAGUUUAUACCAUGUAAUAUCUGUGAUAUAUGAUGACAGACAGACAUGGAGCCGGACAUUGUGCACCGGAUUCCUGUCAAAAUCCGAGCUCAUUCGUUUGACAGGAUUUUCGAACAAUGACCUAUUGUGUAGAAAUGUAAUAGAUUUCUGGGAAUGUAAUGGACUUAUAUUUCGUAAGAGACAAUCAGAUGGAGGCGAUGCUGAAUUUUUCAUCCCAUAUUUUUCACAAAUUCCGAGCAGUAACGAGGUGCCGGUAGCAGGUAAAAAAGAUCUGGAGUUGUACUUACAGUUCACAGAGCAUGAGUCAAGUCAGACAUAUUACCAGGUUGUGUUUACACUGGCAGGGUCGUCUCACAGUACAGAUAGCCUGGCCAUACAUGGAAGUCAUUGUGCAAGUUUCACAGUCAAAGGAUACCUUGUGACAGCAUUCCAUCAGAAAAUGGAUAAUAGGAUCAAAUUUAUUUUCAGCAGGGAGGAGAAAGGUGUAGGAGCUAAACCUUCAGAACUUUACACAUGGAUAUAUGAGACAUGUAGCAGGUGUCUAGAAUGUCAGUUUACGCUUUGUUCUGCGUGUCCGCAGGGCGAGUCGUGCCAAAGGAAUGCUGUCACAGGCUUACACUUGAUAGACCUUAGAGACAGUAAGCCUCAGUUUUGUGGGAAUGAUAGAAUAGAUAAUACAAAGACUGUAAGGAUAUGGAACCAAGCCGACUUGGAGAUAUCACCAGACAGUGUCACAUCUCAGAAGAUCGGUAAACCAAUAAAACAGCCUGUGUUAGUGAUGCAGUUACCAUGGUCCGUCUUUCACAAACUAUGCCUCAAACUAAGGGUGUCUAGUGCAUUGGGCAGGGACUGGAGAGGACUUGCAGGUCUAAUUGGAUAUAGCACAGAACAAGUAGAUGUAUAUGAAACAACCAACGAUCCUGUCAAAGAAUUAUUAUGUGAUUGGGGGCGGUCUACAAAUGCUACCAUAGAAAGCCUCUUUUCUCUCCUCUUACAACUUGAAAGGGUGGAUAUUGUAUCUGACAUGCAAGAAGCCCUGCCCCAUUUAGCUGCCAGCAGCUCUACCUGUCAAUCAUUGUGUGAGGACACGCCUCUAGUCAGUAACAUAACAAUUUAUGAACGAGAAGAAUCAGACAUGCAACAAGCCCUGCCCCAUUUAACUGCCAGCAGCUCUAUCUGUCAAGCAUUGUGUGAGGACACACCUCCAGUCAGUAACAUAACAAUAUAUGAGCGAGAAUAUGAUGGGCGGGAGAAUGAAAUGGUACCUCAUGUAGUGCCAAUUGGAAAUAUAACAGUUGCGGAAAGGGGAGUGGCUAAUAUUGGAAUGGAGGAUGGUGCAGGUGCAAGUUUAAAGGUGAACAAUUUGGAUAACAAUAAUCAGGUUGAUACCGUGGCAGGUAUAGGGACAGAGGUGAUGAUAACACCUGUCGAGACACCAGGCAGGGCCGGUUCUUUACAACAAUCGUAGUUAGCUAACUUAAGAGAUGAAUAAAGAGAUGCCCACCUGAACAAUAAUUUUAACUUUUAUUCAUCUAUGUAAAUGAAAAGAUCAAAUAAUACAAAUGGUAAUUGUGGAUAUAUUCCUGAAAUAUGGAAUUUAAACAAUGCCACUUGUGUCUCAAAUAUGCCCAAAACCAUAUUGAACAGAUGUUGUUUUAAAGGUAUAAUUUUUGUUGAAUUCAUAGUCUAUGAAAUAGUGUUAUGCUGAAAUUGUACAUAAUUUUUUCAUCAUCUUUCAUUGUAUGUAAGUCUGUUUCAAGCAGUAGGUUUAUAUUGUAUGUUUGUUUUCUCUAAUAUUUUUGAUAUUACAAUUUUUGGUUGAUAUUAUUUCUAGUGUAGUUCAAAUUUGAUGCUGUUUUUAUGCCACCGCAGCAUCUGCGAUGCGGUGGCAUAUUGCGAUUCACCUGUGUGUGUGUUUGAAUGUAUGUAUGUUCUAUAGAUUAUAUAGUGAACUUGUGAAAAACCACUUGUCCAAUUUCAACCAAACUUGGCAGGAUUGAUCCUUGGGUGAAGGGCUUCCAAAGUUGUUCAAAGAAUUUCAUUCCAUGCAGAAAUCUGGUUGCCAUGGCAACCAAAAGGAAUUAUAAGAAUAAAUUUUAAAAAAUCUUCUUGUAAAGACCCACAAGGCCUAGAGCAUAGAUAUUUUGCAUAACGCAUUGUGUGAUACUCUACCAAGAUUGUUCAAAUUAUAGCCCUGGGGUCAAAAUUGGCCCCGCCCUGGGGGUCUUUGUUUUUUACUAUAUGUACAUAUAGUAAAAACUUAAAAUACCUUCUUGUCUGAAGGUACCAGGCUUAUGGCAUUGAUGUUUGGUAUAUGAUAUCAUCUAUAGGUAAUCUAUCAAAGUUGUUCAAAUUUUUCCUCUAGCAUCAAAAUUAGCCCCACCCCGGGGUCAUAGGUUUUUCUUUUAUGUAUAUACAUGUAGUAAAAUCUUAUAAAAAUCGUCUUCUCAAAAUUGACAAAGGCUAGAGGUUAGAUAUUUUGCAUGAUACAUUGUGUAGUGAACCUCUAGCAAGAUUGUUCAAAUUAUAGCCCUUGGGUCAAAAUUGGCCCCACCCCGGGGGUCGUUGAUUUUCAGUCACUAUGUACAUAUAGUGAAAAAUUAAAAAUCUUAUUGUCUGAAGGUACAAGGCUUAGAGCUUUGAUAUUUGGUAUAUGAUAUCAUCUAAAGGUACUCUACCAAAGUUGUUCAAAUUUUGCUUCUAGUGUCAAAAUUAGCCCCGCCCCGGGGGCCAUAGGUUUUCCUUAUAUGUCUAUAGUAAAAACUU